AUGACAGUGGAUGGCUCUGCAACAUCAGGUGGUGGCAACAUUACAAUAACAUCAAAUAUAGUUGAUACACCAAAGCAAAAGAUUGAUGAUAACAAUGUUCAGAAUAUUGUAUUCGCAGGUAUAAAGUACCCUCAACUGGAUAACCCUCCAUUGAAAUUCAAUAUAAUUGCUCAGUCUGGUAUGGCUAGAGCUGCAGACCUCACUCUGCCUCGCCACACAUGCUCCACUCCAAUGUUCAUGCCCGUCGGCACACAGGGUACAGUCAAGGGCCUCACCUCUCAACAACUCGUCGACUUGAAUGCCGGCGUGAUCCUCGGCAACACCUAUCAUCUUGGACAUCGCCCCGGCCCCGAGGUCAUGAAGAGCGUGGGCGGACUUCCCACCUUUAUGAACUACCCACGCGCGAUGCUCACAGACUCGGGCGGCUUCCAAAUGGUGUCGCUGCUCUCGCUCGCAGAGAUCACAGAGGAGGGCGUCAAAUUCCAAUCGCCACACGACGGCUCAACAAUGACUCUGACGCCAGAGUUGUCGAUGCAGAUUCAGAACGCGAUCGGAGCAGACAUCAUGAUGGCGCUGGACGAUGUCGUGUCAUCGACCACGACCGGCCCGCGAGUCGAAGAGGCCAUGUACCGUACAUUGCGUUGGAUCGACCGAUGCAUUAACGCUCACGAGAGGCCACAGGAUCAGAACAUCUUUUGCAUCGUGCAGGGCGGCCUGGACGCCAAGCUGCGCGAGAUCUGCAUGGAGGGCUUGAUACAGCGCGAGUUCCCCGGCUACGCCAUCGGCGGCCUGUCGGGAGGCGAGAGCAAGGACAUCUUCUGGCGCGUCGUGGCUCAGUGCACGGCCAAGCUGCCCAACGACAAGCCUCGCUACCUCAUGGGUGUCGGCUACGCGCUGGAUCUUGUCGUGUGCUCGGCGCUGGGCGUCGACAUGUUUGACUGUGUGUUCCCCUCGCGUACCGCACGCUUUGGCACGGCGCUGGUCACGGCCGGCUCGCUCAAUCUCAAGUCGGGCGAGUUCGCCGAGGACUUCCGCCCUGUGGACGAGGACUGCGACUGCAUGGUCUGCAAGAACUACACACGUGCCUACAUCCAUUUGGUCGUGGGCAAGGAGUCUGUGGGCGGUCAACUACUCACCUAUCACAACAUGGCCUAUCAGAUGCGAUUGAUGCGCGAGAUUCGUCAAUCAAUCAUCGAGAACCGACACGCCGAGUAUGUUCGCAAGUUUAUAUCAGUACAAUAUCCAAAGAAUGACUGUCCUCAAUGGGCCCUGGAUGCUCUGCAGCAUGCCGGCAUCGAGAUUAAAAUGACUCCAGUCGCCAAUGGUGCGUCGUCCUCAUCCGUGUCGCCACCAGUCGUCCAAUAA